AUGGGAAUGUCGAUUGAAACAAAAGGCAAUGCUGUGAUCACAGAGAAGAAGAUGGCGUCAAAGAAACCCAGCGCCGCCUGGGCUUUUUGGAUGUCGAGCUUUGUGGCGCCUCCUGGCAGCAGCAGCGGAGGAUGCGUGCUGCCGGGUCGAUUUCCCCAGCACGGGAGCACGUUGUACCGGUCUGAGAGUCUAACCACAGCAGCCUUGCAAUAUGCAACACAGCAGCAGGCUGGCAAAAUGCCAAAGGAGACUGCUGCUGGAGGUCACGAAGAAGAUCCAAACCCGUCUGGCCAAGAGUAUAGGGAGUUGAGCGGAGGUGUCAGAGGCCAAGCUGACAUCAUCAGUUCAACAUCUCCUGUAGUGGUUUCACCAGCUAGCUUGCAAGGAGAGGCCCUCUUUGGCUGGCUUCGACAGCAGGUGGUUGGUAUCACUGCCGAAAUUGUGACCCCUUUUGGCACACGCCAGAUGACAUACACAGACUACAUUGCCUCAGGGAGGUGCCUGCAGUACGUAGAGGAUCUGCUACAAGCUAGAGUGCUGCCUUUCUAUGGGAACACUCACACAGAGGAUAGUGCAUGUGGACAGCGGACGACGCACUUUGCCCAUGAGGCAGGGGAGUACAUCAAGGAGUGCGUGCAAGCAGGGCCUGAGCACAAGAUCCUGUUCUGCGGCAGUGGAUGCACCGCAGCUGUGAAGCGGCUCCAGGAGAUAAUGGGAAUAGCCGUUCCCAGCACGCUCCGCGCGCGUGUCCUUGCCACCCUGCAACCCUCAGAACGGUGGGUCGUGUUUGUGGGGCCUUAUGAGCACCAUAGCAACCUGCUGACGUGGCGCCAGAGCCUGGCUGACGUCGUCGAGGUGCCGCUGUCCGAAGACGGGCUGCUGGACAUGGCCUAUCUGGAAAAGGAGCUCGAAAAUGAGCGGUGGUCAGGCCGGCCCAAGCUGGGCUCCUUCUCCGCCGCCAGCAACGUCACCGGGAUCUUGACGGACACGCGCGCGCUCGCGCGGCUGCUGCACGCGCACGGGGCGUACGCCUGCUUCGACUUUGCCGCCGCCGCUCCUUACGUGGACAUGGACAUGCGGCCGGGUCAAGCCGACGGAUAUGACGCCCUUCUCAUCAGCCCUCACAAGUUCGUCGGGGGCCCCGGCUCGUCUGGCGUGUUGAUCGUGAGCGAGAAACUGUACGCGCUCGCGGACGCGGCGCCUUCCACGAGCGGGGGCGGAACCGUGACCUACGUGAACGGAAACAGCGAAGCGGAGACCCUGUACAUAAGUGACAUUGAGCAGCGCGAGGACGCGGGCACGCCCGCCAUCCUGCAGAAGAUGCGCGCCGCGCUCGCGUUCUGGGUCAAGCAGUGCAUCGGCGCUGACGUCAUCGAGCGCACGGAGGGCGCGCUCAUCCGCGCGGCGCUGCAGCGGCUGGCGCGCAACCCGCGCGUGGAAGUGCUUGGCAACUGCGAGGUUCCGAGGCUGGCGGUUCUGUCGUUCCUGAUCCGUCCAUUCUCGACGUCGACCACCGGGCGGAACGGAAAGGCGCUGAACGGCCGGUUUGUGGUCAACCUGCUCAACGACCUGUUCGGGAUCCAGGCGCGGGGCGGCUGCUCUUGCGCGGGGCCAUACGGGCACGCGCUUAUGAAUGUUGACCGCCAGCUGUCCGUAGCCAUCCGGGAGGCGAUCGCGGACGGCAACGAGUCCGUCAAGCCGGGGUGGACCCGCUUGGGCUUUGCUUACUUCAUCACUCAGGCUGAGUUCGAGUUCAUCCUGGCCGCCAUCGAGUUUGUCGCCGAGUACGGCGUCCGCUUCCUUCCGCUCUACGACUUCGACUGGAAGAGCGGGAACUGGAGCUACAAGGGCUUCCAGCGGGAGUCUCAGUCGCUGUUCGACCCGGUGACGGUUGACGAGGCAGCCUGCUUGUGGAAGGCGCGCGGAGACGCGUUGAGCGCGCGCGCGGAAGAGCGGGCGCAGCCGCCUUAUGCGAGGUAUCUCAAAGAGGCUCAGGCGCUAGCAGUGAACCUGCCGCCCUACAAAGGUGCCGAGCAACCAAACACUUCAACAUUAGAUGAGCGGGUAAUAACAUUUGUCGUGUAA